AGAAAAUGCUGGCAAGCCCAUCCAGUACCGACGACAGCAGGUGCCAAGAAGACGACGACGGCAACGAUGGGCAUCCGUUCAACAACGAAGUACGAACGAAGCAAUAUACCAAGAACUGGAGCAGCCGGUUGCUCACGCGUAUGAAGAGCGUCGUCCUGUCGCCGUUUCUUGAAGUUGAGCUCGACAUGUCGACUCGGCUAGCGCAGUACAAGUCCGUCCUUGCCGCGUGCCUCGUGGACCGCAACGUGCAAAGCCACCAGUUUUCUAUGGAUCUCAUGCGAAUGGACAAGGAGUGGUCCGUGCGCGUCCGCAAGCUGGCGUGCCAUGGCACCUCUCGACAACUUGUAGAGCGCCAUCGGUUCCUCCACCAUCUCUUGGUCCAGGAAUUGCGCCUCGCCAUCGAAGUCGAAGCGUGUGUGAGUCAAAUCCUCGACACCCGAUGCUGCGAAUGCGAUGCCUUCAUGGAGCUUGCUACAUCGUGUCCACCCUCCGACGUCGAAGGAAUAGUGGACUUGUCGUUCUUUGCUCCACCGAGCCAGCUCAUUACGACCCAUCCCGAGUACAUCAGGCUACACUCGCGUCAGCAAUGCCUAGUCUCCGUCAUAGCGCAAGCCAGAGACGCCCUUCAGCGAGCUGCCCCAUCCCCACCACCCAUUUUAUCGUCGUCCCCAGAACCAUUGGCUAUGACAUCGUCCACAGCAGCUGACUUGUUGUGCAUUCUACGAGCCAUGGUGCUCGCAUACCCUCGCGAUGAUUUGCAUCCCCACGACGACUUUCCGCUGCUCUCAUUCCCGACUCCAGCAGCACACGCGUCGUUCUCCGUCCACCUUGAAUCGUUUCGCCGGGCUGUGUCAACCACCCAUUCGACCACAGGGCGAUUGGUGCGUCGCUGGCAUGUGAAACUUCGCCAAGACAUUGAGCGCAUUGUCGUCCAAGAAGAAGAGGAGGAAGUGUCGUCCAAUCACUCGACCGCACGCGAUGCCGCCUUCUUGGACGCAUCCUGUCCACUCAUUUCCCCCGCCCGGAUCAUCGUUCACUGCCCCACCACCCGCGCCAACCCUUUCGCCGCCGUGGCCAUCGACACGGCCCGCCUCCCAUCUCCCCAUGUCCUUGCCGCAUUUGAAUCGUUCCUUGCUCGCCGCAUCUACCACGACCUGAUGCUCCAUCAGCACCAACAACACAUGAAGAUUGAUCACGAAGUUAUGACGAGUAGUAGUAGUACCCUCGCCGCCAUGCUCCAUGUCGGUGUCCAUCAUGUCGUGUUUGCGAAUUUGGCGCCAUUGACAAGUGCCUAUGAAGACAACGCCGUGUUCAAGCACUUGGGCCACCUAAAGGGGCGACCCAAGGCGAGUGCAAUGCCACUUCUGCUGCGGCCAUUGGCGUCGUUGUCCGGCAACGACGACAUGGAGUGGACACCGGCGCUGCUGCCGCAAACGAUGCAUGCGCUCAUGUGUCUGUGCGCCGAAACGACCCCACUGGGCAUCCUUUCCAUCCUGAUGAUAGCCAUUCGAUGUCUCCAUGAAGAAGUGGCGCCGUACAUUCCAUCCAUGAACGCAGACGUGCUCAUUCCACUCCUGCUCCAAGUGUUUUGGAUGCAACUAGACGUGCUGCCGUCGAUCUACCGCCGACUCCAUGCCGCCGCCACGUUUUCCCAAGCCUACGUCCAUGACGGCGCCGAAGUCGUGUACUACCUCACGUGUAUGCAAGCAGCCGCGUCGCACAUUUACGCGUCGACGGUGGAAUCGUGCCAGCAUUGCAUCGCUGAACAUGACGUCUCGAUACAAUGGCGAGAUCUAGGAGCCCCCGACAUCGACUCAGUGGGGCCUAACAACGACAAGGAAGCCAUCGCCGAGCUAUCUGCAUGGCUCAAGCACCACUCCGUGGCCGACAGUACCAUCUCGAUUGUGUCGAAGGAGUCAUGGAUGCUGUGAUGCUCAGGCAUGGGUCCAUCUGCUAGAAGCGGUACGUCAAAGCUGGUGGUGGUAGGUCGAUAAUGCGUGGGCGGUGUCACAGUCGUCGUUCCAUCGAUCUUUCCAAAGAUAUCGCAGAAUCAAAACCAAAGAACGUCGAAACCGUUUUGAACGAUUAUUAAUUCGUGGAAUAUUGAAAAACAAUCGAAAAUUCAAC